GCGACGGCACCGCAUUUUCAUAGUGACUAUCAUAAACACAAACUUAACCUCCAAGAGUCGAAUCUCGAAGCAUUGUUUAACUGUUUCUCGUCUAUGAUCUUAUUUUAUAUCUUAUAAGUUAUACAAAAGACAAACUAAACACGUUUUACACCUCUGGCUAACAUGAAUAGAUAUCCUUUUAAUAACUCUGGACGAGGACUUUUACCAACGCCUAAAGUAAAGAAAGCUUUUUCACCUCAGGUGCCCCAACCUAGUCCAAACAAUCAAAAUAACCCAUACAGUAUUAUGUCAAAUAACGGGGGACGCGAAAGUUAUUACAAUCGACCUUAUUUUUCAGAUCCUUUAACGCUAUCUCGAGUUAGUAUGUAUCUCCAAAAUAAUGGAAAACGAGGUAAGAUUGAUUUUGACCAUAUGGUUGACCAACUCCAAAGGGAACACCACGAAUACAGAAGGAAAAAGCGAUGGGCGUUCAAAAACCAUCUUAAAAAAGCGGUGGAGGUAAUAAGUUUGGAAAACUCUCUGAACCAAGACGAUAGUGAUCUUAUAGAGGAUGAUGAUGACAUAGAGACUAGUGAUCCCAAAGGUAGAAGUUCACCUAGCUAUGCGUUUGAAGGAGAUGGUGAUGUAAAUUCAACUCUUGAAGAUAGCUAUCUUCAGCAAAGUGCCAAAAGAAGCAGAAAAGUAUCGAAUAGCUCGCCUGCCCAAGAACUUAUCAGUAUAGUGACCAGUGACGAGGACAACAAUGAGGAAGAAGCUGCUACCAAGGCUGCUCCACAAAACUGCACCAAUGCAACUCCAAACACCCCUACAUGCAAAAAUGUAAAAGUAGAGACAACACCAGCGCCUAAAGUGACAGUGCCAGAACCAGUGACGCAAACGAAAAAACGGAAGACGCAAAGUUCUCUCGUAGACAGCAAGAGGUUCAAAGCUUCUCUGGAGCCUGUUCGUCCAACUGUGUCCUUCAAGGAUAUCGGUGGAACCAAAAAAGUCCUUCAAGAGGUUACUCAGAUGUUAAUUCACAUGAGGCAUCCUGAAGUUUAUCGAGUGCUGGGAGUUUCUCCUCCGAGGGGAUUCUUGUUACAUGGACCUCCUGGUUCUGGAAAAACAUUGCUAGCUAAUGCCAUAGCUGGGGAGUUGACGCUGCCCCUACUGAAGGUGGCUGCACCAGAGCUGGUAGGCGGACUGUCUGGCCAAUCAGAGGAGAGGAUACGUGAGUUGUUUGAGCAGGCGCUGGCGUUGGCUCCGUGUAUACUCUUCAUAGAUGAGGUAGACGCCAUCACACCCAACAGGGAGACGGCGCAUCGGGAGAUGGAGAGGAGGAUCGUGGCCCAGCUGCUGUCCUCAAUGGACGAGCUGGCUGGUAACCAGCAGGGGGACCAGGUGUUGGUUAUUGGAGCCACCAACCGUCCUGACUCACUGGACCCAGCCCUGCGUCGCGCUGGACGGUUUGACCGAGAGGUGUGCCUGGGCAUCCCAGACAGAGAGUCCAGGGAGUCAAUACUACAGACACUCUGUCACACACUCAAGCUGGCCCCCGAGGUGGCUCUCGCUGAUGUAGCUAUGAUGACCCCGGGCUAUGUAGGAGCUGACCUCAAGGCAUUGGUCACUGAGGCCGCAAUGGCUGCUGUCAACAGACUUUUCAAAUCACUUCAAGAGCCUAAUCCUAAAGACACUCCAGAUACAAAAGAUGGGUCUACUGAAGUUAAAUCCAGCAAUGGUUGUGUGGAACAUUCAACACCGAUGGAGGUUGAUGAUAAGUCCAAAACUGACCAAGUUGAUGUAGAGGUAGUGGAGUGGGUGAAGGAAGCAGAUCAACCAGAAACAUCCAAAGAUGGUCAAAAUGAUGAAGCUUGUGAAAGUGAAAAGAAAGGCGAAGAAUCGGUAAUAGAAGUAGUAGAAAUUGAAAAUGACGUUGAAGUGGUGAAGGACCAGAGCGAUAUAGACGUUGUGAAGGACCAGAGCGAUAUAGACGUGGUGAAGGACCAGAGCGAUAUAGACGUGGUGAAGGACCAGAGCGAUAUAGACGUGGUAAAGGACCAGAGCGAUAUAGACGUGGUAAAGGUGGAUAGUAAGGUGGAAGAGGAUGGGGGAGAGAAAGAAAAUGUCCACAGUCAGGAGCAAGAAACAGAGCCACUCUGUCCUCCAUCUUUGCUUCACUCUGCACCUCUCAGUGUGGAACAGCUGCAAGGUGUGAACAUAACGAUGGAAGACUUCAAAGCAGCGUUGAAGGCAGUUCAGCCAUCAGCCAAGAGGGAAGGUUUUGCAACAGUUCCGGACGUUCGGUGGGAAGAUAUCGGCUCUCUGAAGGACAUCAGACAUGAACUCGAGAUGGCUAUUCUGGCACCAGUUAAGUUCCCAGCAGAGUUUGCCAAGAUGGGACUUGACACUCCAACUGGUGUGUUGCUGUGUGGACCUCCGGGCUGUGGCAAGACUCUACUGGCUAAGGCAGUCGCCAACGAGGCUGGCAUCAACUUCAUUUCUGUCAAGGGACCUGAACUACUCAAUAUGUAUGUAGGUGAGAGUGAGCGAGCAGUCAGACAAUGUUUCCAGCGAGCUCGCAGCUCCCAGCCUUGUGUCAUAUUCUUUGAUGAGAUAGACGCAUUGGCUCCCAAGAGAAUGAACAUGGAGAAUGGAGCGAGUCGAGUGGUGAACCAGCUGCUCACAGAGAUGGAUGGUGUGGAGGCCAGAAAUGGAGUGUUCCUCAUGGCGGCCACCAACCGACCUGAUAUUGUGGACCCAGCUGUGAUGAGGCCUGGUAGACUGGACAAAGUGUUGUAUGUUGGACUACCAGGUGCUGAGGACAGAGUUGACAUUCUGAGAGCUCUAACCAAGGGAGGUAAGCAGCCAGUGUUAGCGGAGGACGUGAGCCUAGCAGACGUAGCGAGGGACUGCCAAUGUGAGGGCUACACAGGAGCGGACCUGGCGGCGCUGGUCAGAGAGGCUAGUCUACAGGCACUCAAGGAGUACAUGGCCUCCACUGAGCCUAGCAAGAACGACCUGCGGGUGUGUAAGCGACACUUCACCACCGCACUCAGUAAGAUACGCCCCUCUGUGUCUGAGAAAGACAAGAAGAGGUAUGAAGACUUGAGGUUACAAUAUGCUGCAGUUCCAGUCAUCAAGUAAUUUAUUUAGAUUAGUGAUCCUGUUGCGUAAAACUGCAAGAAGUAUAAUCUUCAUUCCUGUUGUUGCUGAUCCUGUCAUAUGUUUUAACUUAUAUGUUUAGUCCUAGUGAUUUAUUUACAUUGUGGAAUUUUAUUUUGAGAGCAAGCAUCUGAUUAAAUUGUUUUACCUCAAGAUACAUUUUAAUAAACCUAAUCGUACCAUGA